AAAUGACUGUACUCUUGAUACUAAAAGACAUUCGUCAAGGUACGAGGCAUGCACGUUUCUUGCUUCAGCAAUCAGCUGACAGUAUUCUCCAGCUUCUUUUUUGCUUCUGAGAUUUCUCUCUCUUUCUUUCUUUUUUCAGUUUUUUUUUUUUCCAGCUGAAACCAAACAAAUUGGACCUCUCAUUCUGAUCUAUCAACAUUACUUUCUGGGAUUUUUUUUGUUAAUCCGCAUAAGAACCCUAAUUACAAAUUUGAUUGCGGAAUUGAAGAAAAGGGAUCUUAAUUGAUUGUCAUCUUUCUGCCGCAAAUGCCGUGGGACAGCUGGUGAGUUUUAUCUUCUUCCACCCUCUUUCUUUUCUUUUUUUUCCUUCAAAUUUUGGCUGGGAAAUUAUAGAUUCUUUUAAGAUUUCGAAUCCGUUUGUUUUUUUUCCCCCUUUUUUGGGUUCUUGGUUGAUUGCAAGUAUUGAAGAUUGACUCCCUAAAAUUGCUGUUGCUACAGGAAUGCUUGCUACUUGUGAGUGCCCAGUUUUAUAAGUUUAGAACCCAGAAACUUUGAUGAAAAUCUGGUUUGGAUCAAAUCAAGAAAAGGGGCAGCCAUGAAUUCAGCUUCAUCCAGAGAGAAUCCCCAAAAAAUGGCCUAUCCUAAAACUCUUGCUUCAAUUAUGGCUUCAGCUGGAGGGCUUGCAAUGUUCUUAAUUAUUGCUUCAUUGCUUUUAAUCUCGCACCCAAUUGGUUCCACUGUUAGUAGCUAUUUUUAUGGGGUAGAUCGUACAGGAAAAGUUGAUCUUUUUGUUACUAGGAAUAGAACAACAGUUUCUGAGCCAUCUCAGAUUAAUGUUAGUGGGAAUAGUAAUGAAAGUUCAUCCGAGCUUUUUCUUGAAAGAGGAGCUAAGCAAUCAAUGGAUGGCAGUAAGAAUGAUGAACCUAGGCAAUCAAUGGAUGGUAGUAAGAAUGCUGAAACAGUCGACCGCAAAUCUACAGCUUUGGAUGUAUUGGACGGUACCAAAGUGCAGAGGAACAACAGAACAGAGGCUAAUUUGGCGAAUUCAGGUUGUGAUCUUUACCAGGGACAAUGGGUUUACGAUUCAACUGGACCCCUAUAUGCGAGUGAUUCUUGCCCCGUGCUGUCACAGAUGCAGAAUUGUCAGUCAAAUGGAAGGCCCGACAAAGAAUAUCAGAAUUGGCGCUGGAAACCUGCACAGUGUGACCUUCCUCGGUUUGAUGCUAAGAGGUUUUUGGAAUUGAUGAGAGGAAAGACUUUAGCUUUUAUUGGUGAUUCUGUGGCUCGCAAUCAAAUGGAAUCCUUGUUGUGCAUUCUUUGGCAGGUUGAAGAACCAAAGAACCGCGGGAAUAAGAAAAUGCAACGGUAUUACUUCAGAUCAACAUCCACAAUGAUUGUCCGGAUUUGGUCUUCCUGGCUAGUGCACCAAACAUCUGAGCCAUUUGGAUUUGCUCCUGCUGGGGUGGACAAGCUCUUCCUUGACUCUCCUGAUGAGCGGUUGAUGGAACAUAUUCCAACUUUCGAUGUAGUUGUUCUCUCCUCAGGGCAUUGGUUCGCAAAGCAGUCAGUAUAUAUCCUUAACAAUGAGAUUGUUGGAGGCCAACUUUGGUGGCCUGACAAGACCAAAGAAAUGAAGAUUAACAACAUUGAGGCUUUUGGGAUUUCGGUCGAGACCAUAAUGAAUGCAAUGGUUCAGCAUCCGAAUUACACUGGUGUUACAAUCUUGCGUUCUUAUUCGCCUGACCACUAUGAAGGAGGAGCUUGGAAUACAGGAGGAUCAUGCACAGGAAAGGAAAAGCCUCUUCUUGAUAGUGAACUAGUCGAGAAUGGGUUUACCAACAUAAUGCAUGAGAAACAGGUGACAGGAUUCAACAAAGGUAUCAAAAACCAGACAAACAAGUCAAAAGCCAUAUUAAUGGAUAUAACAAAAGUCUUCAGCUACCGGCACGAUGGGCAUCCGGGUCCUUAUCGGAGCACUGAUCCUAACAAGGUUGUGAAACGAGGUCCGGAUGGUAGGCCUCCGCCCCAGGACUGCUUGCACUGGUGCAUGCCAGGUCCAGUUGAUGUAUGGAAUGAAAUUGUAUUGGAGAUCAUAAAAAGAGAAUAUGAGUCCAGAUUGAAAGGUCCUUCAUGAGGAAUUUCUUAGCGGCAAUCUUCCACAUCUUCUUAUCAGAUCCUGAGCUCAUCUCUUUGAACUGAUGUUCUUCACACGCCAUUUUUUUUUUUUGUCACAACUUGUUGUAGUAAGUUAUAUAACUAGAGUACUAGACGCAACGGUUAAUGAACUAUUCUUUUUAGGCAACAAUAUACAUACAUACAUAACUGUAACAGACUCGGUAUUGUCCGAGCAUAUGUAAUAGGCUUGAGAUUGUAGAUUACUUUUCAAUAGUGAGUUGUAAUCAGACCUGACCAAGGUUUUGGUCCAGGUGUCGAAACUGAAAUGGCAGAUUCUGGUUUUAAACCAUUACUACAUCAAAAGGCAACAACUAAAAUUGAAAUCUAUUUUUGGGCGGGUUAAACUUUCUCAUAUUACCAUUUUCGUCCCAUAAUAAGAG